AUCGACAUGUCGCUUUGGGCACGUGUUAAUCAAUUGCCGCAGCAUAUUUUAGAACAAAUACGUUUCAUCUAUGGGAGCAACUUUCCGAUCGAAGUAAGGCACUAUUUAGCAGAAUGGAUAGAGGAGCGCUUGCAAAAUGCUUCUAUGUUCAUCAACGAUCAGGAGAAUGCCUAUGAACAGGAAGCCGCAAACUUUCUUAACCAACUCAUUAUUGAACUUGAACGAACGGCGGUUUCACUACCGGAAAACAAUCUUACGAUCAAAAUACGACUUAAUGAAUCCGCAAGAAAUUUCCGGCAACUAUUUUCCCACAACCCAUCGCAACUGUACCACCACCUGAUUACAUGUCUACAACGUGAACGACAAUGUGUUGCAUAUCCAGAAGAAUGUGCUACGGUUCAGGAUCCCGAAGUGAACGAAGUGUUCACUGCUGUACAGCAGUUGCAGAUCAUGGUUCGCACGAACGAGAACGACAAUCGCAAUCUGUUGAAGGAAUACGAGCAUUUGUUGUUGGAGGUGCACGAGAUGCAGAAGAACCGUGCACAGUUAGAAACGAUUGAGCAUGCGGAGAUGCGUCAACACGCCCACAACCAAUUGGUGCAGCACCAGAAGAUGGUUAAUGAUCGUUUACAGCUGUGUACUGGCAAGCGACUUGCUCUCGUGGACGGAUUCCGUAAAACGAUCCUAAUUACCGGUGAAGUACAAACCAAAGUUCUGAACAAAUACCUAUCGCAAUGGAAGAUUAACCAAGGGUUCGCCGGGAACGGUGCGUCUACCAUGAGCGCCAGCAACCUUGAUACUAUUCAAGCAUGGUGCGAAAGCCUGGCGGAAAUCAUCUGGAGCACGAAGGACCAGAUUCGACUGGCAAUUAAAAAUAAAUCGAAACUGCAUGUGGAACAGGAUGAUGUACCGGACCUGCUUCCGCAGGCCAUGGUUGACGUGACCAACUUGCUCAAAACUCUGAUCACCAAUACGUUUAUUAUCGAGAAGCAACCUCCGCAGGUUAUGAAGACAAACACCCGUUUCGCGGCCACGGUUCGCCUGUUAGUCGGGAAUACACUCAACAUAAAAAUGGUCAAUCCGCAGGUGAAGGUAUCGAUCAUAUCUGAGGCCCAAGCUCAGCAAACACAACAAACAAAUAAAGCAUCAGAGCAGUCUUGUGGUGAAAUCAUGAACAACAUCGGUAAUUUGGAAUAUAAUGAAACAACCAAGCAACUGUCGGUCAGCUUCAGAAAUAUGCAAUUGAAGAAAAUCAAGCGAGCCGAGAAGAAGGGCACAGAGUGUGUGAUGGAUGAAAAGUUUGCUCUGCUGUUCCAGUCAAGUUUUGCCGUAGGCCACGGUGACCUAGUGUUUUCGGUUUGGACCAUUUCCCUUCCGGUUGUCGUCAUCGUACAUGGAAAUCAAGAGCCACAAUCAUGGGCUACCAUCACUUGGGACAACGCUUUUGCAGACAUUAAUCGCAUUCCGUUCCAGGUGCCGGAUAAGGUGUGCUGGAACCAGCUGGCGGAAGCGUUGAAUAUGAAAUUCCGGGCAUCAACGGGUCGUUUGCUGACACAGGAAAAUAUGCAUUUUCUCUGCGAGAAGGCAUUCAAAACAAGUCUGCCAUAUCCAGUGCAGAACGAUUUGACCAUCAUGUGGUCGCAGUUUUGUAAGGAACCGAUCCCCGAUCGCUCGUUUACUUUCUGGGAGUGGUUUUACGCGGCCAUGAAGGUAACACGCGAGCAUCUACGUGGGCCAUGGAUGGACGGCAGUAUCAUCGGAUUCAUACACAAAUCGAAGGCAGAAGACUACCUGCUAAAGUGCCCUCGUGGAACAUUUUUGCUACGAUUUUCCGACAGUGAGCUGGGUGGAAUUACUAUCGCUUGGGUUAACGAGGGCAACGAUGGUCAGCCACAAAUACUGCACAUUCAACCAUUUACAGCCAAAGACUUUUCAACACGCUCGUUGUCAGAUCGCAUUCGCGACUUUGACGAUCUCUACUAUCUAUUCCCGAACAAACCGAAGCACGAAGCGUUUGAUCGCUACACAACACCUGUUGGGCCGCCAAGAAACAAGAAUUAUAUAGCGUCAGAGGUACGCGCAGUUCUGAUGCCCGGUCCCAACAACAAUCCAAUGAACAGCUAUCCAAACACACCAUCGUAUAACAUUCAAUCGCCAGACGCAUCGCGUGACACUCCUUCGAGCGGAUAUGGUCAGGUGAACUUUGGUCAAGUGCCCGAUUUCGAGCUGGAAAACAUCGGAAUAUUUUCGUCUCAAUUUCAGUAGAGUUCAUGAGUUGUUAAAUGAAUGAUAUCAUUCGCUGCUGGUAUGAAGAUAGCUGGUAGUUAUUUUAACGCAUGACAUUUUCAAAUAGUAGUUAUGUUGAUUUUAUAACAAAAAAUAUAGAAAGGUGGACUCCUGACCGAAGAUCUCAAAGAAUGGUAAGGAAUUAUCAAAGAGAUAGUCUUCCAUGAUUUAACAAUUUACUUUGAAUUACUUUAUUUUCACAGCCAGGUGUAUA